AUGUCCUUUCAGGAGCAGCUGGAGGAGUACACGAGCAGCCGUGACCUGGCUGAGGGCUGGCUCCUGGCGCAGAGGUUUGGAGAGGGAGGAGAUAAGUUGGUGCCGGUUGAGUCCGUGGAGAAGAUCCAGUGGCAGCACCAAACGCUCGGGGUUGAUUAUAAACCCGCGGUCAGCUGGGAACAAGUGGUGGACCUGACGUACUCCAUGCGCCUGGGAGAGAAGCCCAGACUCACAGAGCAGGAUGAGGCCGCGGUGCAGAAGUUUCGGUCCGUGCCCCCGGGCUGGAGCUACGAGCACGACCUGGAGUUGGGGCGCUUCCUGUAUGAUCACAGUGAGAGGGAGCUGCAGCGCAGGGACUGCACCAAGGAGCACCUCAGCAGCAUUGAGGUGUCCUCGCAGGCGGAGGACUGCGGUGCAGCCCAUCUGACUGACAACCAGACAUACACCUUCUGGGAGAGCAACGGGCCUCCGGGGCAGCACUGGGUGCGGCUCAACAUGAAGAAAGGCACCAUUGUCAAGAAGCUGUGGCUGAUGCUGGAUGGGCAGGCCAACUCCUACAUACCCAGGCGGGUGGCUGUGUAUGGCGGGGCACCAAACAGGCUGCACCACCUGAGAACCGUCCUUAUUAAUGACCUCUUUGCUCUGCUUGGUUCCCUCCUGCUGCAGUCCCGGAACAGCUUCCAGGACAUCUGCAUCCUCCGCGACAUGAAGACCCACCUCCCGGUGCUGGAGAUCCGCAUCCUGGAGUGCCGGGACCAAGGGUACAACGUCCGCCUGCGAGGGAUUAAGAUCAAGUCCUUCUGGGAGUGGGACCUGAUCCUCAAUGCCGACAUGUUCCAGCCAGCCCGGCUGGUGCGCUACCCUCUCCUCGAAGGGGUGGACGCCGAUGUGCUGUACCGGCGGGCCGUGCUCAUUCAGAGGUUCGUCCAGCUCCUGGACAGUGUCCUGUGUUACCUGAUCCCCCGCCCUGAGGACAGCAGCGGCACCUUCAGUGCACUCAGGAGCAUGAAGCCAUUCCUGCUGCUGUCCAAGCAGAGUGCAGCCCUCAUCACCCACUGUCUCCAGUCCUCGGAAAGCAUCCCCCCUCCCACCCUGCCAAAGCUGUACAUCAACCGGCACCUGGCCCGGGUGCACCGUGCCAACCCCACACUGGACCCCAGCUGCAGGAACACUGUCUUCACUCAGCUGUACGAAGGCCUCAGAUCUUCCAAGAACAAUCAGCCCCUGGACUACAGGUGGCCCCUGAGCUACAGCCAGUGGUGGGAGUGCGAGUUCAUCACCGAGGGCAUCGUCGACAGCGGUGGCGGCUUUCGGGAUAGCCUGUCAGACGUGUCGGAGGAGCUGUGUCCCAGCUCAAGCGAUGUCCCCGUGCCCCUGCCCUUCUUCGUGCGCACCUCUAACCAGGGUAACAGCAGCAGUGACACCAGGGACAUGUACGUCCCCAACCCCUCCUGCAAGGACUUCCCCAAGUAUGAGUGGAUCGGGCAGCUGAUGGGAGCAGCCCUGAGGAGCAAGGAGUUUCUGAUCCUGGCUUUACCGGCACUGGUGUGGAAGCAGCUGGCAGGGGAGGAGGUCAGCUGGAGCAAGGACUUUGCCGCCGUAGACAUGGAGCUGGUGAAGCUGCUGGAGGUGCUGGAGGGGGUGGACAGGGAAGCCUUUGAGUUCAUGUUCGGCAGAGAGCUGACCUACACGAUGGUGCGGAGCGACCAGCGUGUGGUGGAGCUGAUCCCCAAUGGCAGCAGCACUGUGGUACGCUAUGAGGACCGCAAGGAGUUCAUCCGCCUGGUGCAGAGGGCUCGGCUGGAGGAGAGCAAGGAGCAGAUUGCAGCCAUGCGUGCCGGGCUGCUUCACGUGGUGCCCCAGCCUGUGCUGGACCUGCUCACCUGGCAGCAGCUGGAGAAGAAGGUGUGCGGCGACGCCGAGAUCACAGUGGCUGAACUGCAGAGGUUCAUCACAUUUGAGGACUUUGCUGCCAACGACACCCGUAUCCAGAACUUCUUGGAGGCGCUCAACAACUUCACCAGCAAGGACCUCAGCCGCUUCCUCAAGUUCGUCACUGGCCGGAGCCGCCUCCCAGUUCAGAUCACUGUCUACCCAGAAAGGGCAAACUUGAAUGCAUUAGACCUGAUGCCACAGGCAUCCACGUGCUCCUGCAGCUUCUUCUUGCCCAACUAUUCCUCGGCCAAGGCCUGUGAGGACCUGCUGCGGUACGCCGUGUACAACUGCAUGUCCAUCGACACUGACAGGAACACCUGGGAUGAAUGA